AUGCGUAUUAUAAUGGUGUGCCCGUUGUUCACUAUGGCUCUUCUCACGGGCGACCCGCCAUUCAAAGCUGCUGUUACAGCGCGUGCAGUCCAGCUGACGCUCAUGCCCAUCGCAGAGCCAACGACUACCAGUGAUCCUUGGUACUGCGCGACCGAAAACAUUGCGCAAUAUUUCGAAGUGCCGAAGCCCACUGAAGCCCUUCUGGAUGAGCUUCUUAUCUAUGGAGACAAGCUAAUCGAGGACUGCACACUCAUUAUCACGCCUUCGGCCACGGCUGUCCCGACGUGUCCCUUUUUCGAAUGGACCAUUUGA